AAAAUGGGAUGCCUUAUAAAAACCUAAUGCCGCAUUCACUCGUACAACUCAAAAGUCCUCUUCUUCAUACCUUAUUGGAGAAUUUAACCCAAUCUUCAGUCUGUGAUUCUACAGCAAUAUGGCAUGUUCCAAAUCCGAUUAAUUUUACAUACAAAUCCACUGACAGUCAGUUAACAAGAAUAAAUGAUGUUCUUGAUACUUCUACUGAUUUUACGGAUAAUAUAAACAACAAUAAUAACAUUAAUGGUAAAAUGAAUGAAGACCUAUACAAGAAUACUGGGAAUGAAGUAAAUCUUAAUGAUUGUCAACGUCAGAGACAGAAGUGGGCGAGUGACGAAAACAUUAACAGUAGAACAACCUAUCAAGAAGCAAAUGAGAUUUAUUCAACAACAUUUUCACAACUCAAUAACUCAGCUAAUCGUAUGGCUAUGAAUUUAGCUAAUUAUUUAGAACCUAAAUGGUCAAGUAUUACAAAUAAAAUAAAUCGAACACAAUUGAAUGAUGUCUCUUGCCCAUCAACAGAUCAAUCAAUGGAGCAUAAAAGCCAGUCGGACACAAUAGUUGCACUAUUCAUGCCCCCAGGAAUCGAUCGUAUUGUAGCACAGAUUGCAUGUAUGAAGCUUCAUUUGGCAUACAUGCCAUUUGAUCGUAAUGUUCCAGCCGGUCGUAUUUCACAAUUUUUAUCUAAAAUAAAACCUAUUUUAAUAUUAAUAGCAAAAGAUUAUUAUGAUUUCAUAUAUGAUAAAAAGGAUUCCAAAGAUGAGCAUUAUAACUGUUCAACAGUAACUGAAGACGGUAAAUUAUUAUAUGAUUCUGGCAGAAAAUUUACCUCCAAUGAUUUUAUGGCAGGAAGUCUGGAUGACCUUCGAAAUACAUUUCAAUUAUUCGAUAUAAAAGUUUAUGAGUAUAUCAAGUCGAUAAAAUUAUCGAAGUAUCAUUCACGAUCAGAUAUUUAUACUGCAUCAAUUCCAACUAGAUCUUGUUUAUUUCCAUUCGAAUCAGAUCCAGUUGUAUUGGUGUUAUUUACUUCAGGCAGCGUAAAUUCUGAUCCCAAGCCUGUAAAACUUCGUACAAAACAAUUGCUUAGGCGUUUGGAAUGGCAGUGGAAUCCAGUCUCUGAUAUGGACUUACCCAACCUUCAAGACACUAUAAUGAAUCCAACUGGAUCAGUUAAACGUAUUGGUUUGGCUAAGACAGCUUGGAGUUUUGUAGAUGGAUUUACUGAGUUAUUUAGUUGUCUUUUGGCUGGAGUCCCAGUAGUUGUUCCUGGUGGAUCAAACUGCCCAAGUGAAAAAUCUGUAACUGAUGUUCAACAGUUGAUGAAUCUCACAAAAUAUUUUCAUAUUAGUCAUAUCACCACAGUUCCCGCGCAACUAGAUCUAUGGCUGAAACAGCUACAUCUAAAACCUAAGCAAAAGGUAACAAGUAAUUUUUCCAGUUUGCGAACAGUAGUUGUUAGCGGUGAUAUAAUGCAUCCUAAAGUUGCUCGUGAGUUUUUUCAACUUUUCAGUAGCUCAAAAGUGCGCCUGAUAAAUUUAUACGGCACAACUGAAGUAGCUGGUGAUGUUACCGGUUUGGUAUUCCAUAACGAAGAAGAUGUAGUAAAAAACACCAAGAUUGUACCAUAUGGAGUAGAAAGAGAAAAUAAAGAACCUGGUAGGGCAGUACUCUCUGUUGGCACCUCGAUGCAAGGGACCGCCAUUUUAAUUGUUCAAGAAGAUGAUGGUGAUGAGCAUCUUGUCAACAGCGAAGAGAAUCAAACCAAUCUAGAUAAAUGGUCAACUUCAUCACUAUCUUUUAUUGGAUCAGUCAAACAAAGCAUUAGCUUAGAACAAUUUCCAUUUAAACUUCUACCAAAAGGUCAUGUAGGUCAAGUAUGCAUUAUUGGACAACAGCUAUCUGAAAAUGUUGGUAAUUAUCAUGUUGUCCAUACUUCACUAGAUAAUCCAAAAUGCUGCAACCAAGAAAGAAUAUCAAUUCCAACAGAAGGUGUUUCAAGGACAUCUAGUAAUCUGAAGGAAGUUCAAGUAUUUAUGCCUGGUGACUUGGGGUUUAUUGAUCCCCAUACCGACCAUUUAUUCAUAUAUGGUCGAACUAAUGAAUUAGUAAAAGUCAACGGGAUACGAUUCCAUGCACGUGAUGUAGAUAACUUAUUUCUGGAGUUGAAGAAAAAAUGGGAAAACAAAGGUUUAAUUAACUGCAGCAAAGAAGAACAACUUGUAAAUAAAGUAUCUGAAACUGUUACACUAACAAUACAAACUGUACAUGGACGUGAUUUAAAAUUGGCAUGCUUUUAUGUCAUAAAAAUGGAUGAGAACCGUAAUAUUAUGAAUCGUUCUACAGUAAAUAUCGAACCUGUUGAGAAUUGUGAAAAAUUAGAAUUACCUAAAGAAGAUGAUUUCGCCGCUAUAUUUUGUAAUUAUAUACCAUCCUGUCUGUUACCGACAUUUAUAAAUGUUGAUCAUAUUCCAUUGAUGAGAACAAAUGGAAAAGUGGACAAGGAAUAUUUACGCCAGUAUUAUUACUCAAAACAUUAUUGUGAAAUUCCAGAAAUAUCGAAGCCUAUUCAACCAACCUGGAGGAGUGAGAAUAUAAGAAAAAUCAUCGACAAUAAUAUUAUACCCUGUAGCAUAACUAAACGAACUGAUCAAGCAAACCAUCAGAAUACAGUCGAUUUUCAAGUCAUGAAAAGUCGGGAACGUGCUAGAAAAGUAUUAGCUGAAGUGCUUGGGAUCUAUAAUUCAAAUGGUGAUGUUAUACCUGGUAGACCAAAAGAUGAUGAAGACUUUUAUCUACUUGGUGGUGAUUCUCUCCUGAGUGUUUUAGCCACAGAACAACUAAGACAACUUGGUUUUAAUGCAGAUCUUGAUAUAUUUACUAGAACAGGAAAGAUUGGCUCAAUAUUAACGCAUUUGGAAAAGUCUGAACCGGAUUAUGAAAAGAAGAAAGAAGCUUUGGUCGUGAAUUCAUGGACGAAAGAUAUUCCCUGGCACAAAAUUUUUAAAAGAUCACAGACAUGCAAUGCCAUUUAUAGGAUACCUUUAGUGGAAGAUGAUUGGGGUGAAUCACCAAAAAUUUAUCCAUUGGGUAAUUAUGAAAUCUUUAUUGAAGAAUGGAAUAAUGAGAAGGGCAGUGGGACGAAGAGACAAGAAAUAGUUGAUACUCUAGUGAAUGCAUUUAUUGAGAAAGAUCGACUAUCUCAUGCACUAAAACUUGAUAGAGGAGAUCUACAAGAAGCGGUUGAAGCAUUUCUAGGCAAUCACAAACCUAACUUGGGUAUUGUACUGACGGCCAGAUAUUAUUGUCAGAAUUCAUGUGAACAAGUUUUGGAGCAGGAGAAACUGGUUGGUGCGUUGGUCAGUUUACCAGUAUCACAUGUUCCAUCUUUAAACAGAACACCGAAAUUAGAAAUACUCCAACGAUAUUUCGAUAUGUGUACUAAACAAGAGGCAUUUCCAAAUAUUUCACCUGAUAACUUGCUUUCAACUUUGAUGAUUGGCAUCAUAUCUCAGUCUCCAUAUAGUAAUUCAAAAUAUUUACAGAGUUACUUACCAAAUUGGAAGAAAAUAUCUUUGAAACUGUUAGCCAGACUGGAAACCGAUUUACUCAGAAUUGCAGCUAAACGUGGUUAUGUAGGCGUUGUCACACUAAAUACAAGUGAAGUAACAGAGGAAAUCUGUUCACAGUUAGGCUAUCAAAUGGUUCAAACAACUACACUAAAAUCAUUUAUGACUAGUGAACAGCGCUCAUUAGCUCCUCAAUAUGAACGUAUACGUUGUGCAUACAUGUCAAAAGAAUUAAUCUCCUCAAAAUAUAAACAACCAAACAGAUAA